AUGGUUUGUUUAUUCAGAUACACUUACAGGCUUGGUCAUGGGCUGUUCAAUGGUUCCUAUAUCUGGAGCAAGAUCUACUCUUUCAAAUCAUCACCCUACCCAGGCCAGGACUCAGUACAGCGUGUUAUAAUAUUUGGCGACAUGGGAAAGGCACUAGUGAAAGAAGGGGAAGAACCCAAAAUUUAUUCACAUCAUCGUUUUGCUAAUUCACUCUUUAUGACACUGAACACAGAUUAUGAGAUGAGUAUGUACAGUGAGGCGGAACGUGAUGGUUCAAAUGACUACAGUAAUUACCAGCCUGGUUCACUUAAUACCACAGAUCAGCUAAUCAAGGACUUAGAUAACAUCGACAUAGUUUUCCACAUAGGAGAUAUGACCUAUGCAAAUGGCUACAUUUCCCAGUGGGACCAGUUUACCUCACAGGUGGAGCCCAUUGCAUCAACCGUUCCAUAUAUGGUCGCAAGUGGUAAUCAUGAACGUGACACACCCGGGACAGGAUCAUUCUAUGACACUAAUGAUUCAGGAGGUGAGUGUGGGGUGUUAGCUGAGACCAUGUUUUAUGUACCUGCGGAGAACAGAGCUAAGUUCUGGUAUUCGACGGAUUAUGGCAUGUUCCAUUUUUGCAUAGCUGACACCGAGCAUGAUUGGAGAGAGGGUUCUGAACAGUACAGAUUCAUUGAGAAUUGUCUUGCAUCAGCAGACAGGCAGAAGCAGCCUUGGUUGAUCUUUGCUGCUCAUCGUGUGCUUGGUUAUUCCUCAAAUGAUUUUUUAGCCUCACAAGGCUCAUUUGAGGAGCCCAUGGGGAGAGAAAGCUUGCAGAAGCUUUGGCAGAAAUACAAGGUGGAUAUAGCAAUUUAUGGUCAUGUCCACAACUAUGAGCGAACAUGCCCCAUUUACCAGAAUCAAUGCAUGAAUGAAGAAACAUCUCAUUAUUCAGGCACUGUGAAUGGAACAAUCCACGUUGUUGUCGGUGGAGGAGGGAGCCACUUAUCAGACUUCAGCCCGCUCCAGACCUUCUGGAGCCUUUAUAGAGAUCGCGACUAUGGAUUUGUUAAACUCACUGCAUUUAGUCACUCAUCACUCCUCUUCGAGUACAAAAAGAGCAGUGACGGAAAAGUUUAUGAUACUUUUACCAUCUCAAGGGACUACAGGGAUGUCUUGGCUUGUGUACAGGAUGGUUGUGAACCAACCACUUUGGCUACUUGA